UCGAACAUCGAGUUUCAGACGCGCCAAUUUUUUUUUGUACAAAUACACACCCCACAAAUCAUUCGAAUCAAAUUUCAUGAGGUCUCAAACAAAGAAUAUUUUCAUAAAUCUCUCGUAUGGCUAAAAUCCAUUGUCUUAAAAGUUUGAAAAUUAAUUUAAUGAAAAUUCCUAAGUGAAAAAUUUAAAAAUUUCCCAACGUAUUUUUGCCAUCGUCGGCUGCCGUGUCUUAUUAAACAACUACGUCGCCAUACCCGGCUGGUUUGGCAGUUUAUUGCCUUUAUGCAAUUUCAUCGCCAGCAUGGAAGCCCAUGCCGCCAAUUCCCUUGCUGAAGUUCGUGAAGUUUUGGAUAAGUAUCUGGAACUGUUUCAGCAAAACAGCAGCAUUGACUUCAAGUACCAUUUGGCACCAAACAGUGUGGUUGAUUGGUAUGGACGUACCGUGCGUGGAGCUAACAAAAUUCAUGAUUACUUAAGGCAUGAAGUUAUCAAUCAAUACGAACACGUUGAGUUUCUGGAACCGGAGGCAUGCAGUCCCAUCGAAACCAAAACCAGUCAUAUGCGAACAAAAGUUAUCUCCACCAAACCCAUUGAUCAUGUACACCCGAUUAAUCGACUACCAGAUAUGGUACCAUUGAAAUCCUAUGCUGAUAGUGAUGUUGAGGAUAAUGAUCAUUUACCCAUAUCGUCUUCACGUUUACUCCAUGUUGCUGGUGGCCUCAAGCAGACCCCCGAAAAAUGUACCAGUACAUUAACCUUGGCGGAUUUGACGCCACCUUCAAGUGCUGUAAAGGAAAAAGAAUCAUGUUCAAGAGAAACAGAUGAGGAAACAGGAGGAAACAACAAUGAUGAUGACAGCAAGGUAACACGUAGACAACGAUUGAAACGCACACAUACGGGUCACUUUAGCUAUUUAAAACGUUUACCCACUGCUCCAUCUACAAGUAAGAGGGCCAAGGAUGUGGCCGGUGGUAUACGAACUCUUCUGGAUGAUUCGUCAAGUGAGGAAGAUGAGUUGGAAGUCAUGGAGGCUUUAUAUACACCCCUAAGAUAUUUGGAAGUCAAAGGGGUUAUACGUAUACAACCCAAAGCUGGCGGCGGAAAACAACGAAGUGCUCUUUGGCGUGAUCGCUCACAGCUAGAGACACGUAUACGCAUAUCGUAUCGUCGAAAACUGGAAGAUAAUCAAUUGCAAUUUGCUUUAAUAAUUUAUGAAUCGUUAAAUGCAGCCGUUCCAACCACACCUACGCGUCGAAAUUUAAUGUCUCACUUUUCCUUAACAGUUGAUGAGGCAGAAUCGGCAUCAGCCACCCUAGAAGGGCAGCAAAUUGAAGAAACAGUUAUAGAACCAAUUUUAACGGUUCCAGCAAUGACCGUCAUGACGCCAGAGAGCACCAAUUUGUUUGGCAGCGAAGAAGAUCCCUUGCAAGAGGAAAGUUCAUUGGAGGCUUUGUCGGUGGCCAAUCUACGUACACCCACAAAAUUUACCCAUACCCCGCCAGCAACACCGAAACGUAAGCCACGCUCUCUAAUGGGCACCGCAUCGGGUUUGAAGCGCUUGCAUAAUUCACCACAACAGGCACCGACACCCAAGCGUAGCGCUGCUCGCAGUUUAAGACUGUGAUGGUUUUCCUUUCUCCGAUCUUUGAAUUUUGGUCUCCGCAAUCCAUUUAUAGAUAUCA